CGCUAAGCAACUUGGGCAGUUGACCUUCUCCAUCUUUUCUGCAGCUGUUUUGGCCUUGAAUUGUAUAAAAGGCAGCCCAAGCUCCACCAUUUUCCAUAAUCAUCUCUCACUCUUAACUUCUCAAGCUUUUUUGGGGAUAUUGUUCUUGUCUGAAAGAAGCUCUACAGCUCAAGUAUCAAUGGCAGCAACACCUGCUUUUCUCUUGAUUUCAAUUCUUCUCUCUUGUUUAUGUUGUUCCUCUCAUGGACUUAUUCUCUUCUCUUCCCUCCGGAAAACUCUUGUGGUCUCUGCUUCACCAAAAGCAGGACAAGUUCAUAAAGCUGGUGUGGACAAUAUCACUGUAACCUGGGGAGUAAACCAGACGUUCCCAGCUGGGACUGACUCAGCCUACAAGACCAUCAAGGUGAAGCUGUGUUACGCGCCUGUAAGCCAAUCGGAUCGCGCCUGGAGAAAAACCGAGGACAACCUAUCCAAGGACAAGACGUGCCAAUUCACCAUUGUUUCCAGGCCAUAUACUUCUGGCAGCAAGAACCAAACGUUUACAUGGACCAUCGAGCGAGACGUGCCCACUGCCACGUACUUUAUACGCGUCUAUGCUUACAACUCUGACGAAGACGUGGUGGCUUAUGGUCAGACCACAGAUGCUCACAAAACCACCAACCUGUUUGAUAUUCAGGCGAUCACCGGCCGUCAUACGUCACUUGAUAUUGCCUCAGUUUGCUUCAGUGCCUUCUCUGUUUUGGCCUUGUUUGGGUUCUUCAUGAACGAAAAGAGAAAGGCCAAGAAGACUCAAGGAAAGUGAAGACAAAAAUGUAGACGCAUACUGAAGAGUGGCAUGGCAUAUGUUUCAGUUAUACUUUGUGUUAUUGGUUGGCAAACUUAGUAGUUGUAAAAUUGGAUUGGAGGCAAAGAAAAAUGUUAUUAUUUGCAGCUGAUAGUAGUAAAGGUGGUCAUUCUCAAAUAAUGUAAGCAGAGGCUUUCUAAUGCUAAGUAUCUCAAAUUAUGUUUCAGUGGCAAAAAAAAAAAAAAAAGAGUUU